GACUUGAUAUAGGAGUGAAUUUGUUGCUUUUUAAAGCGGCAGUCGGUCUGUACAUGUGUGAGGUGGCGAGGGGUGUCGCCAGGGGGCGGCUAGUAGCGUCUGCCACCAGGGAAAUAUGUAAAAACAUAAAAAAGACGCUUCUCAAGAAAGAGAGGGGCAGUCGGUCUGUACAUGCGUGAGGUGGCGAGAGGCGUGUCCAGGGGGCGGCUAGUAGCGUGUGCCACCGUGGAAAUAUGUACAGACAUAAAGAAGACGCCCUCAAGAAAGGCCUGAGUCCAGACCGAGACCCAGAGAAAUGUAAACAAACGCACCAGUCAGACUUGAUAUAGGAGUGAAUUUGUUGCUUUUUAAAGCGGCAGUCGGUCUGUACAUGUGUGAGGUGGCGAGGGGUGUCGCCAGGGGGCGGCUAGUAGCGUCUGCCACCAGGGAAAUAUGUAAAAACAUAAAAAAGACGCUUCUCAAGAAAGAGAGGGGCAGUCGGUCUGUACAUGCGUGAGGUGGCGAGAGGCGUGUCCAGGGGGCGGCUAGUAGCGUGUGCCACCGUGGAAAUAUGUACAGACAUAAAGAAGACGCCCUCAAGAAAGGCCUGAGUCCAGACCGAGACCCAGAGAAAUGUAAACAAACGCACCAGUCAGACUUGAUAUAGGAGUGAAUUUGUUGCUUUUUAAAGCGGCAGUCGGUCUGUACAUGUGUGAGGUGGCGAGGGGUGUCGCCAGGGGGCGGCUAGUAGCGUCUGCCACCAGGGAAAUAUGUAAAAACAUAAAAAAAGACGCUUCUCAAGAAAGAGAGGGGCAGUCGGUCUGUACAUGCGUGAGGUGGCGAGAGGCGUGUCCAGGGGACGGCUAGUAGCGUGUGCCACCGUGGAAAUAUGUACAGACAAAGAAGACGCCCUCAAGAAAGAUGUGGUGAAGACAGUGUUAUGCACCACCACACCACCAUUACACUUCCUGUCUUGCUUGGUGAAUGAACAGAGCACCACUAACAUCACAUCAUUGCAUCACCACAUCACCACACCACCACCUCCUGUCCUGCCCCAGUGAAAUAGAACAUCACCACCACAUCACCACAUCAAGAGUCAGUGAUUGCCUGCAGCCAGCCCUAGCCUGACCCGCCAGACAUGUGUCCCAGGCCUUCCCCUAGCCUGUAGAGCCAUGUAAGCCUGCAGGUCAAGGUCAGGUAAAAAAAAAAACAGGCCGUAACGUAAAAGAUCAAGACAUUUACGAAGACUGUCUUUGAUGGGCUCAGGUCCUCCGUGCAGACCACCAACAAGCAAGAGAUUGACGAAAUACAGGUUGUGAAGACGCUGCAAGCUGAUGCCUUCAGAGAUCGCGAAGAGGAGGGAAGCACAGGGGAAGAGGAGGACGAGGAGGAAGAGAGUUAAGAGUCACAAGAGGAGGAGGAAGGUGGAAAGAAAGAGGAAGGAGAGGAGGAGGAGGAGGAGGAGGAAGAUGGAGAAGGAAAGGAGAAAGAUAAGAAGGAAGGAAAUGCCGCAGAAGGAGAAGAUAGAAAUCAAAAACGUCACAAGACAGAAUAGUGAGCUGCAUGCACUUAUCACAGAGUAUAAAGUCACUCCCUCAGAGGAAAAAGACAAGGAUGGCAUGUCUUCAUGUGAGAACUCAGAAGCUAAAUGUACAGAUACCAAGGGGAAAUUGCUGGGUCAAGUGGCUACACUGACAUCUGAGGUUAGCAGGUUGGAGAGUGAGUGCAGCAGUCUUCAGGUUCAGCUAGACUGUGAGAGGGAUAAGUAUAACAAACUGCUGGGAGAAUCUCUUGCUCAUGAAAAGUUGUCUGAAGAUGUCAUAACUGAACCAAAAGGAGAAACAACAGGAUUGGGAGGAACUGAGCUUUAACAGAAGCUGCAACAACUGCAGGAGCCUCACAGGGUCCUGGAGAGCAGGUUAACUUGCAGCAUGAAGGAGGUGGCUGAGCUAAGUGACAGGAAGUAGCAGCUUAAGCAUGCUGUAGUGCAUGAGGAGACAGAGUCCAUCGGUGUAUGCAUGUUUUUUGCUCAUUUGAAUCAUCUGUAAAAGUGAAGUGGAGGAAGUGUUUACUGUUUACUGUAUGCCAUUUCCUUGGUCUUUUAAUGAAGAAUUUUAUCCUUCUUCAGGUGACUACAUCACCAUCUACCAGUUGCAGCGAGGAGUGAUGAAGCAACAAGCUCGAGAACGCGAGUUAGACCUUGCCAGCCUCCAUCAUGAAUGAGAGGAAAUGAAGCAAAACCACUCUGCAGGAUUUGAUAUCAAAGCUGGUGCAGGAAAAGGAAGCAGAUCAUGACCUUCAGCAGCUCGAGAAGAUAAGCAGCGUCCUUAAGAGUCCAGUUGCUAUCUUUAGCAGUGUUGGAACCAGUGAGUCUGAGACACCCACCAGCAGUGGAAAGCUGGCUGACGAGCGCCUCAAGCACUCUGAAAAGGUGGAGCAACAACAAGAAACAGAAAAUUGCAUCCAUCAUUCUUUGCCUGAGGAGGGAAUUGAUGCUCUGUUGACCCUUCACACUGAUGUC